GGCUACUACUAUUGUCUCAACAUGAUCCUGAUCACUCUGUCUUCGUUCCUCUCGGUCAUUGUGAUCAAUUUAUACUUCAGAGGAGAUCGCCGUAAUCGUGUUCCAAGGUGGAUCAUAAAAAUUUGCUACAUUCUUACAAGAACUAAGUCAGAUGGUGCGGGCAAGAACAAUAACAAAACAAACAAAGACACCGCUAAGGAUAGUACACAAGAAAUGAACUACAAGGCAGAUGGGUCGAGAACUGCAAUGAGCACUGAGCAGCUGGCCCCAUUUCAUCUGGCUCCAGGAAAAUCCAUCCUUUCCCUGUCUGGCAAUAGACUGGAGACGAAUGGAAACAACGAAACCAUCGUACUGCAAAGAAGGACAAAGAGACCUAAAACGCGCUUUGCCCCGACAAAAACGAUUACUUCAAAUUUUGAGACCAUUUUAACACAUGAUACAAGUCUGACUAUACCAAAUGCUCACCAGCUGAAUCAAGAACAGGACGCCUGCAUGCAUCACCGCCAGAGAAGAGUUAGGUUAGACCCAAAUGAAAGCGAACCUAAAGGCCGUAGCCGCUCAUGGACCCCAGCCAAGUCCAAUUUUGAGAUAAACUCCGAUACACUCGAACCUCUGUUCAGAGGCCAGGAGUUUAAGCAACCGAAUAACCUGAUCGAAUGCAGAGAUGUGUGUCAACUCUGCCAACCUUGUGUGGCGACUAUGGAGUUAAACAGCCCAUAUCCGACGGAACCACGUUCGCCAUCUCAGAAUGUGAUGACUGGCUCCAGACAUCAGAGACACCCACAGACAUGCCAAGUGUGUCAGGAACAUUUGAAUGCAUUAAGAUCUCAACGACCUGGCACCGGCAAUCCUUCUCCUCCAAACACCGGUCUUUCCCAAACUUUGUUUUGCAAUCAUCCUGAAAUGGGACAAACCAAUCAACCUAGCUCUAACCCUAUGGGCGGAAACGAAUGCACUCUCGUGAACAAUUUUCAAACCCCACAGUAUAUUCAGAGAGGACUUAGGGGACAGGGGAACAUAGAAGAUAAAUUCACUACCACCACUCUUUGCCACCCACUCUGUGGCCAGGUACAGUAUGCUUACCAAGACGGACGCUUGGUGCUUGUUCCUCAAAUAGGGUUGACUACAUCGAUAUGUACAAAGCCAGAAGUUGUUGAUCACAAGCUCUCCGAUGAUAUCAAAACAUUUCUUUCGCCUACAAAAUUAUCGCAAAGUUUGGAGGAAGAGGUACAAGAAAUUCGUAAGGUUGUGCGCACCUUUCUUUCUCGAGUAUCGAAAAAGGAUACAGAGAAUGUGAUUUUGCGUGAAUGGCGAAUGGUGGCCCUCGUCCUAGACCGGAUAUUUUUCCUUUCUUAUCUUGUGAUUCACCUUUGUGCUGCAAUCGGACUACUCAUACCAAGCUCUCACGAGGCGAAUGUGAUCGGCUUUAUGCGGGAUUAUCGACUGAAAAAUUACAAUGCCACAUUCACAGAUGAGGAAGCUGCUGCUUUGUCGCCGCUUGCCUUAAGGCCGUUCGAUCGAGCAGCCUCGGGGGCUGGUGUGUCACCAGAUCGAGAGGAAAACGUUGACGGUAUAGUGCCUGUGGGAAAUGUGGAGGCUGCAACUAAAUCAUCUCGCGCCUCCACAAGCGAAGACAACUCCUUGUUGUCACCAUACCAGCGACUGGUAGACAAGCAGGGUGAACCAAAUCCAGACAGACCGGUAACAGGAUCAUUUCAUCAGUACCCACAGUCUGACCCUCAGCAGUCUCCCAAAACCUCAGGGUCUGUUGACAAAACUUGA